GGGAUACUGACUACGGGAGGGCCUUGGGAACCUCCCAUCACAAGGAGGCGCUGGACUUAGCCUCCAGUCUGUGCUCGCCCUGUCACGGAUCCCAGGACCGGACGCUCAGCCCGGGCUUCCGCUCCUCAUGAACGCGCGGCUCCCUCUGCCCAUCGUCGUUCUACGGCCGGGGGAGCUGCCGGGCCGGGGCUGUUCCCUUGCUCAUCCUCAGUGUAGCGAGCUAGACACCACUGAGAUAGAAGCCUCCCGGUGGUCUAGAGCGUCCCCGGAAGUGGCUCGGGGGAGGCCGCGAGGAGCGGACCAGUAGAGAGCUGCGUGGCCGGCAUUUCCGGCCGGUAGUGGCGGCUCGGGGUCCUCAGUUCCUGAAGUGUAUGGUAAGACAGCGUUGUCAAUCCUGGUGAGAAGUGUUCCCAGCUCAGAAACCUGGACACUUUGAAAGGGAAAAACUGCCACCUCUUGCCAUCUGUGUGAAGGCCCAAGGCUCCAGCCACACCCAGCUGUCCAGGGUAACUCAACCCUGUCACCUCUCCUGAAGAGAACAGUAGCCUACUACAAUACUAGAACGUGAGGCCUAAGUGUGCUGGAGCCUCACUAAAAGGAAACUGAGGCAUGUCACUGCUGUAGGCAGGGAGCAAAGCCAAGAAUGAACGUGGCUUGACCCUAGGAUCAGUCCUGCGCAAAGGCAGACAAGAGGAGGAAGAGAUUGUGGCCCAGGGACCAGAGAGAAAGAUAGGUAGGGAAGGAAAGGCCCAGCCCAGCCUGGACUACCUCCUCAUGGCCUCCAACCAGGCUGCAACCAAGGGCAAGGGAGAGAAGCGGAAGCGAGUGGUGCUGACCCUGAAGGAAAAGAUUGACAUCUGCACCCGACUGGAGCGCGGUGAGAGCAGGAAGGCCCUGAUGCAGGAGUAUAACGUGGGCAUGUCCACUCUGUAUGACAUCAAAGCCCACAAGGCCCAGCUACUCAGGUUCUUUGCCAGCUCGGACUCUCGCCAGGCGCUGGAGCAGCGGCGCACGCUGCACACCCCUAAGCUGGAGCACCUGGACCGAGUGCUUUACGAGUGGUUCCUGGUAAAGCGGGCUGAGGGCAUCCCCGUGUCAGGCCCCAUGCUCAUCGAGAAGGCCAAGGACUUCUAUAAGCAGAUGCGGCUGACAGAGCCCUGUGUGUUCUCCGGAGGGUGGCUUUGGCGCUUCAAGGCCAGGCACGGCAUUAAAAAGUUAGAUGCCUCUAGUGAGAAGCAGGUGGCCGACCACCAAGCUGCUGAGCAGUUCUGUGGCUUUUUCAGGAGCCUCGCAGCGGAGCACGGGCUGUCCCCUGAGCAGGUGUACAGCGCCGAUGAAACCGGUCUUGUCUGGCGGUGCUUGCCGAAUUCCACCCCGGACGCUGGUACUGUGCCCCGCUUCAAACAGAGCAAGGACAGACUGACUGUCUUAAUGUGUGCCAAUGCCACAGGCUCCCACAGAAUCAAGCCCUUGGCCAUUGGGAAGGGUGGUGGCCCCAGAGCCUUUAGAGGCAUCCAGCACCUGCCUAUUGCUUACAAGGCCCAGGGUAAUGCCUGGGUAGACAAGGAGAUUUUCUCAGACUGGUUCCAUCAUAUUUUUGUCCCGUCAGUGAGAGAGCACUUCAGAACCAUAGGCUUGCCUGAAGACAGCAAGGCAAUUCUCUUGCUGGAUCAUUCACGGGCCCACUCACAGGAGUCCGAGCUCGUGUCGGAGAAUGUCUUCACUAUCUUCCUGCCUGCCAGUGUGACCUCCUUACUGCAGCCCACAGAGCAGGGCAUUCGCCGAGCCUUCAUGAGGCUCUUUAUUAACCCUCCUGUGGCCUUACAGGGCUUCCCCACCCGCCACAGCAUGAACGAUGCCAUAGUCAAUGUGGCCUGUGCCUGGAAUGCUGUGCCUAGCCAGGUCUUCCGGCGGGCCUGGAGGAAGCUGUGGCCCACGGUCACGUUCACUGACGGUUCCUCCUCUGAGGAGGACGCCGAGUGCUGCAGCAUCAAGCCUCACAAUAAGGCCUUUGCACACAUCCUUGAGCUCGUCAAAGAUGGGCCCUCCUGUUCUGGCCCCAGGCUUCAGAACAGCAGGGCUGAAGAGCAGGGGGUGGCGGGGAGGGACAUGGGUGAGGCCCCGUCCCAGGCCACUGUGCAGGCAGAGAAGGACGCUGUUGAGGAUGACGAGGCAGCCUGGGAGCAGGCAGCCGCCUCAUUUGAGGCGCUUGUGCGCUUUGCGGAGCAGCAGCCGUGUUUCACCGUGCAGGAGCUGGGGCAGCUGCAGGCACUGCACACAGUGUUCAGGAGACAGCAGCAGCUGAGGCAGCCGCGUGUGGCACUCAGGGCCGUGAUCAAGCUUGAGGCCCUUCAGGAGCACCCUGGUGUGUGUGUGGCUACAGCCCGCUCUUCCUUGCCCUGCUCAUCCACGGCAGGUGACAACUGAAGAACCUUGGCUGCCCCUGCUGGCCCUCAGCAGCUCCGCUCUGUAACUCACAGCCUGCUAGUCAGAGAGCAUACUCAGCCGAGAGCAUGGCUCCUUGUUUACACAGAGGGUUCUGUAUGUUCUGGCUAGUGGUUUUAAUGUAGCUCUUAACACAGAUGGGUGUCAUUUGAAUGGCAGGAGACGUGCCCUCUCCCUCGGCACUCGGGAGCCUCUAGCUGCAGCUGGAUCCAACGGGCCAGAUCUGCCUCUGGUGUUGGAAGACUGAGCCACGUUAUCAGGUUCAAGUGCCUUGAGGGGUGUCCCUCCAGCCCUCAGGAGGCUCACUUGAGGUCCAACUGGUGGACCCCAAGCCCAGUCCUGAGGGCACUGGCUCAGCUCCUAACCUCAGUGCUUACGUCCCCCACUAGUAGCGUCGGCACCAUGCCACCCUCUUAGUCUGAACCCACCUCAGCCAUGGACAGACAAACUCAGUGGUGAGACUCCAGUGUCCCUGUCAGCAGCAGGCCUUUCUCUAGGGCCAGGUUCCAUGGAGACACUGCUUACUAGUUUUAGCAUCGCUAAAACUAGGGGCUUGGGGAACGUUGGUUUGUGUUUCUGUGUCUGUUCAAACACUGAGGAUGGCUGUUGCAGACAGCUCUAGCUGUGGCUGAAUGUCUUUACCUGCAUGUGUGAACAUUAUAACCAUGUUGUUUUUAGAAGUCUUUGUUGUGAUUCUUCAGUCCCUGUUGACAGGAACCACUGCUCUGUCACACCACUUUUUCUGUGUGUCUGGGUGACAUCUGUGUGCCCAUCGCUCUGUGGUUUCUGUUGUGUUACUGUUGAGGCUGCUAGAGCCGCUGCAGGUCAGGUGAUGGAUGUGGAGGGGAAAGUCCUACCCUGGGUGGAUGGGGCGGGGCUGGGCGAACUCCUGGGACCCUGAGGUUUGUGCCCAUCAGACCACAUUCCAGGACCAGUGCUGGCUGACCUUGAGGACCUGCUACUGGGCCUGCCACCUAGAUUUGUGAUACCUGUUCCCAGGGCACCUUCCAGAACAACUAAAGUGGGCAAGCCCCUUUGUCUUCAGAGAACCAAGAUGAAGGCCUUCCUUGAGGCUUGUGCUAGAGGUGUCUAGGUGCAGACUUGGGAAGGGGUGUCAGUAUCCCGAGAGCAUGCAUUUCUGUAUACUCUGAGCAUGCCUAAGGCACUUCCCCUUGGGGCUAGCCUCUUAGAAGCCUAAGCAGUCCAGUAUGUUAACCUCAGAACCUUUUCCCCCAAGCACUCUGAGAUGGUAGACCCAUUGUGCCAGAUGUAAAGGUAGACCUGGCAGGACCUCAUUCCCUUUCCCUUUGCCCAGUUUCCACUGAGACCCUCAAAAAGCCCUGAGCUCUGGUCCCCUAUAUACUGUCUACUUCCCCCUAUGCCUCUCAGAUACCCAAGUUGGCUUAGAGCUGGCAGCCCUGCUUGUCUCCUGUGAGCUGGCAUCAUAGGCACGUGCACCUGUGCUUGGCUCUUCCCUGCUUCCUAGCAGAAGCCAGAUGUUCCAUUGAUGGACAGAUCUUUGGCACUGCAGCGUUCCAGUUCCCUGACUGCUCCUUUCCCACCAGCAGAGGCUCUCCUCCCUCCACAUCACCUCUCGGAGGUCAGUGUCAGCUCUGGCCCUCUGCUUCCAGGGGACUGGAAUGAUGGUAAACCUGUGUUCUUAGCAGGAUCAGAGUAGGACUGCCCCUUCAUUUCCUCUAGAUAGGCACAAGGGGUUGAUGCUCAUAGUGCUUCCUUGCCCAACAAGAGGCAGAUGUUAUUUCCAAAGUGCAGUUUCUUCUUCAAGGGGAUGGGUACCCUGAGCCCUACAUGGCCCUUUGCAGGUGUCCAGGGAAGAACGUUCUGUAGCAUCUGAUUGGAGCACAUUGUCCCUGAGCCCAUAUUAUUACAGUUCCCCCCCCUCCCCGCAUCAGUACCUGCUCCUCGGUGGAGGAGCAGAAGCAUCC